UCUGACGUGAUGAUGACGGAAGAGAUGCAAGUGGGAUAUAAAGUGCAGUGCCUGGCGCGCAGAGUGAAUGGAGCAGUAUAAGGAAACGUGACUACCAAACGAUACAACUCUUUGAUCUUCAGACAGUUUUUGGACUUUUAUCUUUAACUUUGGUGUAAAGUAUUCUCUCGGGUUUCUUCAGGUCACGUUGAGCAGGACUCGUCUAAAAGCGGACAAAAGAUGAAAUACAUUAUAGGAAUUGGCGGAGUCACUAAUGGUGGUAAAACCACCCUGACGAAUAAGUUGAUCAAGACAUUGCCCAACUGCUGUGUUGUGCACCAAGAUGACUUCUUCAAGAAACCUGAUCAGAUAGAAGUCGGGGAGGACGGCUUUAAACAAUGGGAUGUGAUCACAUCUUUGGAUAUGGAGGCCAUGACCAACACAGUGAAAGGCUGGAUGGAGAAUCCAGUGAAGUUUGCCCGUUCCCACGGUGUCACACUGUCUCCUCCAUCUGACGAAUCCAAUCCUGACGAGCAGAUCCACAUUCUCAUUGUGGAGGGUUUCCUGCUCUACAACUUCGAGCCUCUUCUGGGUGUCUUUGACAAGAGCUAUUACAUUUCGAUUCCCUAUGAGGAGUGCAAGAGAAGGAGAAGUACAAGACAGUACACGGUCCCCGACCCCCCCGGUCUGUUCGAUGGCCACGUUUGGCCGAUGUACCUGAAGAAUAGGACAGCGAUGGAGGAGUGCAGUUUGAGUAUUGAGUACCUCGAUGGUUUGAAAAACAAAGAGGAGAUCUACAAUCAGGUGUAUGAAGACAUUCAGAACAACCUGCUCAAUCGUUUAUAGGAAGAAUCCCCCACUCCUGUACAUAUUUUGUAAAUAGUCCCAUGGAUUCUUUUUUAUGAAGCUUUUUGUAUUCCUUGUUUGUAAAUGGAGCAAAGCAACUUUAAUUUAUAAUUGUUUUAUUUAUCAUCUUCAGAUGAUCAAUAUUUUUGUUCUUCCUUUUCAAAAAAGUGAUUGUUGAAAAGAUCAUUAGUGUGUCACUGUUAUAUUAAACCUCUACAUUGUACUAGACCACUCGUUGCAUUCUCCUAUGAAUAAAUGCAUUUUGGUGCUGUUUAUAUACAGCA